UUCAAACCAAGCAAGUCAAGAUGUUCAUCAAGUGCAUUCUUCUGCUGUCGGCCAUCAACUUCCUGUCCGCAGGACGACUUCCCCAGCCGGAAGAACGCAUCCUCGGUGGAAAAAAUAUUGAAAUUGAAGAUGCUCCGUGGCAGGUGUCCUUACAAUUUCUAGGAAAACAUCGUUGUGGUGGUUCUAUUUACAGCAAGGACAUUAUCAUCACUGCUGCCCACUGCUUAUUAGAUAAAGGAGUAGAACUUAAAGCCGAAGAUUUUCAAGUUCGCGUAGGAUCCUCACUGAAAAGCAGCGACGGGACUCUCAUCCAAGUAGAAGCAAUUAAGUCACACGAGAAGUAUAACAACCUUACAAUUGUAAACGACAUUGCUGUGAUGCGAUUGAGUGAGUCACUUGAGUUCUCAAGCAAAGUGCAGCCGAUCCCCUUAGCCGAAAAAAAUCCGCUACCUGAGAGUCUUGCGAUGGCUUCUGGUUGGGGAGCAGUGACAGUGACAGUGACAAAAGAUCAUUCACUUCCUAUAGUAUGGGUAGACAAGGAACAUCCUGAACAUCUUCAAAGCACACUCCUUCGUAUUAUAAAUUGUCGGGAAUAUCAGGACGCCACUGAGGAUAACAUUUGUGUCAAUACUCCUGGACAAUCGACUUGUAUGGGCGACUCUGGUGGACCUUUGGUUGUUGACCAGCAACUUGUCGGUGUUACCUCAUUUGGUUCAAAAGUUUGCAAUAACACUUCAGCCUUCGCAGGCAUCCCUUCUUUCCGGAACUGGAUUUUAAAUGCCAUUAAAGUUAUUUAGAUGUUCAUCUUUAAAAAAAGACGCAAAAAAUAAAAAACAACAAGUAAAAAGGAAA